GCUGUAACCCUACACAGUACACGUCUCUUCAAAGCCACACUAAUACCCAAGAUGAGAUUGUAUCUUCUGCUCCUGGGGUGUGUGUGGGUGUGUGAAAGUUACCCCGAUGGGCGAGUUACAUCCAGUUGUGAUAACAUGACUCCUUCUCACAGACGCUCGCCUCAGACUAGUACACCUCCGUACACUGUUACAGCCGACACCAGCAGUUAUAAAGAAGGAGACACCAUCACUGUGACUCUGAGUGGAACCUCAGAAGGUUUUAAGGGGUUUCUCCUGCAAGCGAGGCAGGUGGGAGGGAACAGCGCUGUUGGUUCCUUCAGUCUGGUGGACUCCAACUCCCAGCUCCUGACCUGCUCUGGAGUGUCUAACUCUGCAGUUUCUCACAAUUCAUCUACAUCAAAAAAAAUAAUCCAAAGUAAAUGGAAAGCACCCACAUCUGGCAACCUCGGCAACAUUGAAUUCAGAGCCACAUUCGUCCGUAAAACCUCUUCUUUCUGGGUGGGAGUGAAAAGCUCACAGAUCACCUACAGCGGCACAUCGGCUGGUGCCACCCCCACUACCUCCACCACAACUACCACAUCCUCCAACUCCCCCUCCACCUCCUCCAGCAUCUCCAGCUCAGACUGUGGGACGAGGAAGACAUGUGUAAGCCGCCCAAAUGGCUGCAACCCUUCCACAGACUCCAACUGCAACUUCAUGUCUGCCACGCCCUUGUCCUCAGGGUCAGGAUUCAGGUUCGAGCUCUCCGGUCGUGCAGAUGGCUAUGUUUCUGUUGGCUUCUCAGAUGACUUAGAAAUGGGAGACGAUGACAUCUACAUAUGUGGAAAGGACCAAAAUGGUGUGAUCCAGUUACAACAUGCAUUCUCAACAGGAACUACAAGACCAACCAUCAUCGCCCUGGGGAACGUGACAGUGCUCAGUACAUCACAGAAUAAUGGUGUGAUCAGCUGUUCCUUCAUAUCCUGGAAUGCCAUCAGCACCACCAGGAGCUCCGCAGAGUCUAACAGCCACUACAUCUUCCUCGCCAGUGGUGCCACCAGUAAUGUAAACACUGAAGUGAUUGUUCUGACAGGUGAGAUUCAGAUGCACAGCAACUCACCUGUGUUCAGCCGGACUAAAGUGGACAUCAGGAGUCAGAAGUCAGAGGAGACUGAGGACACGGAGGAGACUGAGGACACGGAGGAGACUGAGGACAUGGAGGAGACUGAGGACAUGGAGGAGACUGAGGACAUGGAGGAGACUGAGGACACGGAGGAGACUGAGGACACGGAGGAGACAGCCGAGUCAGAGGAGAUCGAACCCAUUGUUAAGGCUCAUGGGUCUCUGAUGUUGAUUGCGUGGAUGACCACGGGCAGUAUGGGAAUGCUCAUCGCUCGCUUUCUAAAGAGGGCCGGUGCGGGCAAGAGGCUCUGCGGGAAAGACUUCUGGUUUUUAGCUCAUGUGUUACUGAUGUUGCUCUCUGUUGCUGCGACCAUCAUCGCCUUUAUCCUGGUCUUUUCAUACGCAAAAGACUGGAGUGGGGGAGCUCAUCCAGUCCUGGGCUGUCUGGUGAUGAUCCUUAGUCUCGCGCAGCCAAUUGGGGCGAUGUUCCGCUGUGCACCGAAGGAUGAAAGGAGAUUUAUCUUUAACUGGAUUCAUGCCCUCAAUGCAUUAGCCAUUAAAGGGUUAGCAGUGGCUGCGAUCUUCACCGGCCUCAUGUUGGCCGACAGCUCACCCACUCAGUGGAUGCCGAAGGUGAUGGGUGGAUUCGUGGCCUGGGAAGCGCUGCUCUUCCUCUGCCAAGAUCUUUACUACAGAUGCAGAGACAAAGGUAAAAGAUCCCAGACUAAACCUCUCCAAAUGGAUGAUAGUGAUGGCAGGGUGGGGACGGGAGUGCUUCUGCUGAUACUCUUCUUCUUGGGAAACCUGGCGUUCCUGGUGACUCUGCUUGUUGGAAUUGGAACAGCGUAAUUAUGUACCUUGUAACCCUUUUUAAGCAUAAACUCAGGGUUUCUGUGGUUUUACUCAGGUAUAAAAACAUUUUUAAACAAUCAUGGGUAUUAGUGGUAAUAUGAAGUUUCUGUUGCAACCUUACACAUGUUAUUUUUCUAUAACAGGA